CCUCUGCUUCUCAACAAAAAUACAUUUUUUAGGAAAAUUAUACCUUCCUCUUCUGCAUCACACUUUAAAAAAAAAAAACUAGAAUUCCAAGGCUUUUUUUUUGAGGCAACAAUGGGUUUGACGGUGUCACGGCUGAUGAGAUUGUUUUAUGCGAAGAAAGAAAUGAGGAUUCUCAUGGUGGGUCUUGAUGCAGCUGGGAAAACGACUAUACUCUACAAACUGAAACUUGGAGAAAUCGUCACUACAAUACCCACAAUAGGCUUCAACGUGGAGACUGUUGAGUACAAAAAUGUCAGCUUCACCGUCUGGGAUGUGGGAGGACAGGACAAGAUUCGACCAUUGUGGAGACACUACUUUCAAAAUACCCAAGGUCUUAUCUUUGUGGUAGAUAGUAACGAUAGAGAAAGAAUUUCAGAAGCCAGAGAUGAGCUACAUAGAAUGCUGAGUGAGGAUGAACUUCGUGAUGCUAUCUUAUUGGUAUUUGCCAAUAAGCAAGACCUUCCAAAUGCAUUAAGCGUUUCAGAAAUUACAGAUAAACUUGGUUUACAUUCCCUUCGCCUGCGGCGUUGGUACAUCCAAGCAACUUGUGCCACAUCUGGCCAAGGACUCUAUGAAGGGCUAGAUUGGUUAUCCAGUCACAUAAACAAGGCAAGAUGAACCAAGCUCAGAGUGUUUUUCUGAUCUUCUUCGAUAUGAAUAUUGAAACUUUGUUAUAAUACGUAAAAUAUGUCCUCCGCUUAUAGGGAUAAAUAUGAGUAUUAUCUGUUAUUUGAACUUUGAACCAACUAUAAUAUCAAUCACUGUGAUAUAUGAUAUAAAUUCAACGCAUGUAAGUAUUACACUGCUGAGGAGUAUUGUGUACACCCCCACUGCAGCAUAAAAUAAUAUCUACGGUAUGUUUAUGCAUAGAGCAGCAGAUGUUGACAACUCUACUGUAAAAGACAGCAAUGAAUCAUUUUGAUAGUGUUCAAUAAUAGUAGAAGAAAAUAAUUUUUGUUUUUGUUUUUUGGUCGACAAAUAACUUUUGUUUGACUGUUGGUGUUUUACCGAUCUCUGCUUGAAGGCCUUGCCAAUGAAAUAUAUAGAUUUCAACAACAAUUGCAUGCAAAAAAAAAUUUAUAUAUAUAUAUACCCACUUCUUC